UAUCCUCAGCGCACAGCGCAGCUUUUCGGGAAACAUGAUGGCGUCCAAACAAACGACAGACGCUAACACAAAUAUUCCAGAUUAUGAAUAUACUGAUGUAAACACUCAACCAUUUCAUAUCGGCUCGUUCAGAAACGAGUGGCUGGACAGACUGAGGCCGAGUGACUUCUCCUACCAGCCGGAGGACGAGGAAGCGUUUCAUGCUAAUUUUGCUAAAGAGAUGGGUGUCAGUGCAGAGACGAUGACUGAACUGAAAGCCGUCUGCAGUCUUGAUUCACUGCGUUGUCAUCCUGAGGAUCAGCAGCCCGACACAGAUGUCGUACCUCCAGACCCGAUGCUGACAACACUGGUACAAAGGAAAAAGAGACAAGAUUACAGAGCUUCACUAAAAAUCAGCAAGAAUAGACACGACCUCUACGCGGAUGAAUUGGAGCGAUUAACUGUCGGUAGGAAAUCAGAAGCACCGGAUGAUAUGGUCCCUGAAGGAGAAGUCAUUCUAACCAUCAACGUCUACUACCCCGCCAUUUUUAAGAGAUUUACCUACGUCAGACCCCACAUGACUCUGCUGAUGACGGGCUCCCACAGCUUGGCAGACCUCCGGGACGCCAUUUGCUGCGUCAGCGACUUGCAAGUGUGCGGAGAGUUCAGCACCACGCCGGACAUGGCUCCAGACUUCAUCAGCAAAGAUCACUUCAAGUCAGCUUUCUUUUUCUUCGAAGGAGUUUUCUACAACGACAUGCGAUUCCCCGAGUGUCAGGACAUCAGCAUGACUACGAUUGAAUGGGCAAAGGCUCGCAACUUCCCACCUUACACACAAGUCAAGAUGGAGGAGACACGGUUGGUGGAUUUGAGAGUAAAAGUGGGCUUCCCCUACCUCUACUGUCAUCAGGGCGACUGCGAACAUCUCGUCAUCAUCACAGACGUCAGACUGGCCCAUAAGAAUGACUGCCUGGAUAAGAAGCUGUAUCCCCUUCUCACUCACAAGCACCGAGUCCUCACCCAGAAGUGUUCCGUUUGCCACGUUUACAUUGGCAGAUGGAUCACUACCAACGACCAGUUCGCUCCAAGUGUCCCGUGUCUCUUUUGUGACAAGUGUUUCCGGAUGCUGCACUAUGACGCCAGUGGCAACAAGCUGGGAGAUUUCUUUGCCUAUCCCUAUGUGGACCACGGUGCCUUCAACUAAUGUGAACUGCUAAAAUCAGUGGUUUCAUGUUGUAUAUUAAAUGUUUUAUAUUUCUGAAGGAAUGUAUAUUUUCUGUUUUUGCACAAUGGAGCUUUAAUUUUAUACUUUUCUGUUUGAAAAUAAAGUAAGAUUUACUGGAAGAUUAA